AUGAUGCGGCAGAACGCUAGAAGAAAGACGUGGAAAGCUUCCGAACUCAAACAGGACAAAAUCCAGUACAUGUCUCGUCUCCAACGGUGUGAGCUCGUCAGGAGUACUAUUAUUACUCUUGACAAGAAAUUACUAGUAGUAGAGGUUGGAAAGGACGUCCUUACGCUAGUACGACGAGCCAGGUCGCAGUAGUACACCCUGACGCUGCCAUCGCUGAAUACAGCAAGGGCAAAGCCAAAAUUCGGAAAGCGUUUCAAGAAUGGUUGAAGAGUCAUGGUAAUUGAAGAUCAACUAAGGUAGAAUGGUGCAUCAAUUAUCUGACGAAGAAAAUCAAUGAAAAAAAGCCUUCGAGUUCAGUUUCUGCAUUUGGAUGGCUCUUGUGCAGUCAAGCAGAAAAUAACGUAUGACAUUGUUUCCAAAAUCCAAGCGGGUCAUCUCAAGUCUUACUUCUGACAUCUGCCGAGGGUGGCGUAGGUCUCAACCUCACCGCUGCCAAAUUUUGUGUAUAUGAUUGCACCCGAAUAG